AUGGGUAUCAACCGUAGACAUCACAGACGUCGAUACAAUAGGUUUGGUCAAGCAGGAGGCAAACACACUGUCAAUAAGAAAAUAAUCUACCAACACAAACAUACAUACGGUUCUAAAUUAAAUCACUUUGGUAAAUUUAAUGUAAAAGUUCAUCAAAACACUGGCAACAGAACUAGGCUCAUUCGCUCCAUUUUACACAAGUACAGCAUUAGCAAAAAACGUGCAGAAUGUGUACAUCGGUUGCUGUUCCAAAAACAUCCUACAUCUUUUUUCAACAUCAAGAGAGUGUCUUCAGACAAGCCAUUUGCUUUUAAGAUAAACAGAGUUACUUCAAAUUCAUAUGAUGGCUAUAGACUAAUGAAUCUGCAACUUUUACAGCAACACAUAGAUGCUAUCACCAUUCAUGUUGCAAAUUGUGAUAAAGUGUGCAAGAUAGUUGCAAAUGACAAGAAAGUGUCCCCGGUGAAAUUGACAUCAGAAGUGAGAACACUUGGACUUGCCAGUGUCAUUGAGGCCAAGUGUCAAGGAUGCAAUGAACGUUUCAGGUUGGAUACAAGCCCCCAAAUUCACAAUGGUCAAACUUAUCAUCAUGAUGUAAACGUUAGAGCAGUCUGGGGAAGUAUGGUAACUGGUGGCGGGGCAGCACACUUAAAUGAAUGUAUGGCUACUCUAGAACAAGAAAUAGGAGAUCUGUGGUAUUUAUCCGUGAAAGAUGAUUUGUUGGCAGCUGGAGCUGAAGAGAGAAGACUAGCAAUAGAGAAGGGAAAUUAUCACAAUGGAAUCCCAUGCAUUACAGUUAUUUGUGAUGGUGGCUGGAGCAAACGCUCCCAUAAACAUUCUUAUAAUGCCUUGGGUGGGGUUGCAGUAAUCAUCGGUGCAGAGACUGGGAAAUUGCUGCAUAUAGGUGUCCGUAACAAACACUGUUACAUUUGUUCACACUCUGAAGCCAACCACACUCAGCCCAGACCACAUGAAUGUUAUAAGAAUUGGUCAGAAAGUUCUCAAGCAAUGGAAUCAAGUAUAAUUGUAGAGGGUUUCCAACAGGCAGAAAAGACGCAUGGCCUAAGAUAUACAACUGUGAUAGCAGAUGGUGACUCCUCUGUGUAUGCCAAGAUACAGGAACAAGUACCUAUAUGGGGAAAAGAUGUGAAAAAGCUGGAGUGUGCUAACCAUGUUUGCAAAUGUUUAAGGAGCAGUCUUGAAAAGCUGGUUGAUCAAAACCCCAUGUACAAGGGAAAACAAAGACUUACUAAAGCAUUGAGGGUAAGAAUAACAACUGCUGUAAGAUGUGCGAUACGUGUGAGAUCAAAGGAAUCAAACCAAAAAAAUGCUGCUAAGCAGUUAGACCACGACAUUCGCAAUUCAAUAUACCAUAUCUUAGGCAACCAUGAUAGAUGUUCUGAUUUUUGUAAGGCACGAGAAGUCAAGAUUUCAUC